AUGUCGCCUCUGUCGCCAGCUCGCCGGGCUGAGGCGUGGGAUAUCACAGAAGAUGAUUUCUGGCGUAAAAAUGCUGAACAACGCCAGCAACAAUUUUCCCACGUCUCCCAGCGCUGGAACCAUAACCGAUCAUCCGCCAUUUCCAGCCUUCAGUGUCUGGAAGCCGACGCCCGUGCGUUCAGAGUGACAGAAGAGAGGCUAAGCCGAGAGCUCAUGGCAAUCCGCAGCCAGGUGAAUCUCGUCAGUGAAAAGUACAAUCAGGAAGUCCAACGCUUGCACAGCAUAGAUGCUCAACAUCAAAUGGACAAGCAAGAGUUGGUAGGCAAGCAUGAGAAGGUUGAACGCAAAAUGAACCACUGGUUCAAGAAAGAAAGGAGCCAAGACGGCAUUCACGACCGACAAUGGGCAUUGCCAGAGCUCAUCGACAAGCGGCCCCCCGAGAGACAACUAAAGCUUCCGCCGCUAGCAAAUCUUCAUCUCCCCCGAGAGCCGCCCAAGCAGGACGACAGAAUCGUUGCAAUCAUUGACGCCGACGGAAAGAUAUUGGACAAGCUCCAGUACCUCGGACUGUCAAAUGAACGCACAACAACUAUUUCCGCCCGAGCCGUGCUCCAGCCCAUCAAACUCCGCAGUGCCAACCGAUUUCACGAAGACACCAGGCCAAGUAUCUAUAGUUUCGCAGACGGUAAAGGCACUGGCUGGAUAGCUUGUAUGAUACAAGCCACAGGUGUUAGCCAAAAGAAGAAGUGUCAGGGCUGCAGUCAAAAAGAAAGUCCCUUUGAGGGCUGCGUCGCCGUUGGUGGUCAUCUUUUCCCGAAAUGCGGCAACUGCGAAUGGAAUGGGACGAGCUGCCCAGGAUUGGAACCUUUGUCUCCGAGUAACAUGCUGGUCCGCGGAUCGGCUUCUCUGGCUCCAUUGCGCAUCAGAUCGCAGUCACUUACAUCCGGUCCGAGUUCGGAGUAUCCGGGCCAUACCCCCUCUUCUGAACUGGAAGCGUUGGCCGCGGCAGCCCAGGAGGCAUCUCUGAAAGCCUACACGUCACACUGCAACCCCCCCGGAAUACCAGUCUCUGGAUUCAAGGCUGUGAAUCAGGCUCCUAUGUACGAUACAGGCCGGCUAGGACCCGGUUCUGCUCUUCCUUUACCGACUUCUAGUACCGCCGGUUACCGAAGGUGCUCCAAGGCAUCGGCCUCGAGCUGCCCGACCUCGCGACAAAUGACGCCCCUUUCAUUCCGACCGAUUGAAUUUGCCCCGCCAAAAUCGGACGAAAUAACCAAGGAAAGCCUUGUACUAAGGCACAACGGCAGCUUCUACACGUUUCCUAAGUGUAUCGACGGAGUGCCCGUGGAAAAGAUCAGCCCGAGUCAUCCAUAUUGGGAGCCCAAGUGGCCUGACCUGCGAACUUUGGUAGAGCCUGUUCUGCGCUCAUGGGAGGAGAAGUAUCAGUCGGCUGAGGAAGCCACCAGACGGGGUGAAGCUGUUGGUAAUGUCAAGUACCAGUACGGCCGCCAAGUCAACCGUGGAAACAGGAUCCUCAAUUUUCUGGAGCAAGGGGCAAUAAGCCCUUACCAGCUCCUUAGCAAAUCCUUUAUGAGCGUGGGAAAGGGGAGCAUCACCUCGUACGAUACGCUGUUCCGCCUCUGCGAGACAGUGGAGGCUCUAGCCAAUUACAAGACUGACGUCGAGCCUGUGGAUUGGCUACGGCAGCGGCUACAUGAGCUGAUUCUGGCGCAGGGGACUGCUUUCAACUUUUCCAAGACGAUUCACGACUUUUAUAAUGAUCCGAAACUGGCUUCACUCCGGCAAAAAUCAGGCUUCAAGAGUAUUGGACGACCAUCUGGUAUCAAGAUGCCGCGGCGAAGAGCUGGAAGCGCGGAUGAGGCUAUGUCCUCGGCUCCACGGGCGCGUAAGCGCCGCAAGAGUCCUCACUCGUAUGGGACGGCCAGCCCGCCGGCGGAUCUGAUUAGUGAAGCUUCUAUAGCCGACGGUGAAGCCGACGAUGGCCCAGCGGGCAAGAAACAAAAGGCGGCGGCGAAAGUUUUGGACAGCCUAGAGACGGGCGAAGUAUCUGAUGCCGACUCGUGGAGCGGAGCACCAAUUGCCGGGUACGAUUUUCGAAUCUAUCAGAUCAAAACGCGGCUAUUUACUAGCUCGGAAAAGGUGACGCAGUACUGGGGCUGGGUGCCAGAGAACAACAUGUUUGAGCACCAGGUGCUGGAGGGCACCGACCCGACAGCAUGGAGUGUGCACCGAGAACCGAUCGAUUUCAGCCUCCGUCUAGAGGAUGUGGUCAAGAUAUCGUGGAACCUCAAGGCGUUGCGGGUCUAUCUGGUGAUGAGCGAUAGACAGAUCUGCUUCGAAGACGACAAGCCGCGUGGGGAUGUCAUGGUUUCGUUCAAGCGCGCCAAUACGAUGCGGAGGUUCAUCAAGUUCUGCCGACAGGAGGAGAUUGAGCUUGUAGAGGAAACUUGGAAGAAAAUGGAGCAUCUUUGGGGAACGAUGCAAUCGGAGCGGCUGCCAGCGGACAUCCUCUACAAACCACACUACACUUCAAUUUUGUUUACAAUACCCAAAACUUACCUCAAUACCGCCAAAAUGUACUCGGCCGAGCUCGUCUAUAUUGCCCCCUACCUCAUGUCUGCUGAGAAACGCCGCGAGGUCAAACGCAUCAACAGCGCCGCCUCGUCGCGCAAGAACUCGGUCGUUGACGCCACGUCCGCAUCCAGCUCCGCCGUGCCUUCCACUGCUCCGUCUCGCGCCGCGUCCCCGGCUCCCAAGAAGGAGAAGAAGAAACACGACCCGUUGCGCUCCGCUGUCAAGAUGAGCCUGAACUCCCGCAUCCUGUAG